GUCCUGGAACUCUGUAGAUUGGGCUGGCCUCAAACUCAAGAGAUCCACCUUCUUCUGCUUCCUGAAUACUGGGAUUAAAGGCAUGUGCCACCAAAGCCCGGCGAUCAGGCAGUCUUAAGGGACCACGUGGUCCAGGUCGGAUCAGGAGACAUUUGUUGCCUAGCAUCACGUGGUUUUUUCUUUCUUUCUCUUUCUUCUUUCUUCUGUUUUUCGAGACAGGGUUUCUCUGUAGCUUUGGAGGCUGCUUGGAACUCGCUCAGUAGACCAGGCAGGUCUUGAACUCACAGAGAUGAGCCUGUCUUUGCCUCCCACCGCCCUGCCAAGGCCCUGCAUCUUGACCACAGCUUUGGGAUAUCUUCAUAGGAUACCGGGUUUCCAGAGCUGGAUACUGGUCUUUAAGGGGAGAUCUUCUUGGUGCUGGAGACGGCCCAGAUUCCGGCUGGUGGCUGAUCCACCGCGGGAGCCGAGCGGCAGUCAGAGCAGCCGAGCAGCUGCAGCCAGGCCGAGCUCGCAGAUCCGCGCCCACCGACCUGUCCACCUCUAUUCCCCGCGCUGUCGGAGGCGAGGGGGACUGGGAGAGCAGCGACCUUCGCUCCCACGCUCGGAACGCGAUCGCCCCUGCCCUGUCUGGUCACGGCCUGAGCACCAAAUACGCAGGAGGUCGGGGUCAGUAUCUCCACUCUGAGGGUCCGGGGACCGAAGAGGAAAAAAAGCCAAGAGGAUUCCGUGUAAGAGCAUCGCGUGAGCUUGGGGCGUGGAGGAGAGUGAAGAUUUCCCGUGGUGCCAGAGGUACCAGGGCUUACGAGGCCUGGGUGGGUACCAGGCAGUUCAGCAUCCCAACAGCCACGAUCUCUCUUCUGCUCUGAGGGAGCUAGAAUAAUCGGGCGGCUCGGAUCCAGCACUUGAAAGCGGUGCCCUCUCUUGUCUGAGGAAUCAGGACCUGGCCCAGCAAGUCCCUGGAAAACCUGUCUCCUGUCUCAGUCUUUCUGGUACGGAUGGGCCGCUGCCCACUGCAGCGCCAUGAAGGCAGGAUGACCUCAGCCGAAGCAGUGGCUGUGGCUGGGAGUGCCCGGGAGCAUGGCCGCCCCAAGUGGCCUCCUGACAACCCUGAGGUCCUUGGGCAGCCUGCUCGAGCCAGAGUGGUUGUGGCAGCCCUGGUGUGGCUGUUGGCAGGAGCCAGCAUGUCAAGCCUCAACAAGUGGAUCUUCACAGUGCACGGCUUUGGACGGCCCCUGCUACUCUCGGCAUUACACAUGUUGGCAGCUGCCCUGGCUUGCUACUGGGGGGCCCGGCGGCCCAUGCCCCGCAUCAUCCAAGGCAGAGUGCUGCUGCUCAGCCUCACCUUUGGUACCUCCAUGGCCUGCGGCAACGUGGGCCUGAGCACUGUACCCUUGGAUCUAGCACAACUGGCCACCACCACCACACCACUGUUCACAUUGGGCUUGUCUGCGCUGCUACUUGGACGAAGACAUCAUCCCCUGCAGUUUGCUGCCAUGGGCCUACUCUGCCUGGGAGCUGCAUGCAGCCUAGCUGGAGAGUUCCGGGCACCCCCAGUUGGCUGUGUCUUCUUGCUAGUAGCCACCUGUCUCCGAGGCUUCAAGUCCGUUCAACAGAGUGCUCUGCUGCAGGAAGAGAGGCUGGAUGCGGUGACUCUGUUGUAUGCCACCUCUCUGCCCAGCUUCUGCCUGCUGGCAGGUGCUGCUCUGGUGAUGGAGGCUGGGGUGGCCCCACCACUGGCUCCCACUGACUCACGCCUCUGGGCCUGUGUCCUGCUCAGCUGCUGCUUAUCUGUGGUCUACAACCUGGCUAGCUCCUCCUUGCUGGCACUCACAUCUGCCCUCACCGUCCACGUACUGGGCAACCUCACAGUUGUGGGCAACCUCAUCCUGUCCCGGCUCCUGUUUGGCACCCACCUCAGCGAUCUCAGCUACGUGGGCAUCGCACUCACCCUUUCAGGAAUGUUUGUUUACCACAACUGUGAGUUCGUGGCCUCCUGGGCUACCCGUCGGGGGUUGUGGCACAGGGACCAGCCUGGCAAAGACCUGGUGGAGUGCAUGAACCAUACCUGAACAGCCCUAGCCUGAAUCUGACAAUGGCCAUGAGGAAACUGGAAAGGUGCUAUGUCUGCCAGGCCGGGGAAAGGAGGUGCCUUCUGGAAGGGCUGCCUGGGAGGCCAGGGACCUUCAGAGAGACCCACCCCGUCCCUGCCAGCCUCACCUGUUACAGCAAGGCCUGCCACUGGAUGGCAGGUUCAAGUCUGGUAUGUGUGUUUGUCAAAUGAAUCAUUAUGAUUGAUGUCAAGUACUAUGAUGAGAAUUGCUGGGCAAACUGUUAGAAACCCUCAAUGUGUUAGGAUGAAGAUGAUGCCCAGCGGCUGCACAAUUCUUCCUCCAGUGAGGGAGGCCAUGAGGGACACCAGAAAAGGCUUCCCCCCAAAAUUUGGUAGUCUGUGCCAGCUUUAGGCAGCUACUGCAGCCUCACUCCGGUGACUCCUCCCCAGGGUUUGGGUCUUCCAUCCUCAAAUAAACUAUUUUUGCUUGGA